CAACGGGGUGUUUUCAACACAAUGAAAGCACUGACCUAUGAAUGACACACUGUGCCUACCACCAGAGCAGGUUCAGACUGUGGUCAGUUCACCCAGAAGAGUAGUGACACUGCUGGAGCCUCUACAGUUCUGUCCGCACGCUGAAGAGUGGAAAUAAGCUGCUGGACUUUUAUCAAUUCUGAAAACGUAUCGUCUCUCGAAUUGGAGGAAGAAUAUUCUGUUUGUUUCUUCUGAACACAAUAUGACUCUAAUGGAGGGUUAAUACAGUUUUGGUGGAGAAUGAUCUCUGAUAUUAAAAUGAGUGCAAUUAUGCUGUGGGAUGACGGAUAAACAACCAAGGACAACCUAUAACAUGGCCACUAGUGAACCUGACCCUUAUAACGAACCUCAACCUGGUGACCUCAUCGAGAUUUUUAGACCAGCUUAUCAGCACUGGGCUCUGUAUCUGGGAGAUGGCUACAUCAUCAACCUUACACCAGUUGAUGAGAGUCAGGCUGCUGCUAUGUCCAGUGUGAAGUCAGUGUUCAGCAGAAAGGCAGUGGUCCGGAUGCAGCUCCUGAAAGACGUGGUGGGGGGAGAUACUUUCCGUGUCAACAAUAAAUAUGACGACAAUCACACCCCUUUGCCUGUCACUGAGAUCAUUCAUCAAGCUCAACUCUUGAUUGGUCAGGAGGUGUCGUAUGACCUGUUGGGCAGUAACUGCGAGCACUUUGUCACCCUAUUGAGAUAUGGGGAGGGCGUAUCCGAGCAGGCAAGCCGUGCUAUUGGGGCCAUAAGUUUGGUGACCGCAGCAGCCAGUGCCUUCUCUGUGCUCGGACUAAUCAACACCCGCUCCAGGAACAGGCCUUUCUGAUGUCGCUUAACCUUCACAAUUUACACAUCUUAAAGCAUUAAAAGAUGUAUGCAUGGCCAGUACACAGGGCUUAACUCAUGUUUGUUGUGAGAGGUGAAUGACUAAAUUUGUGCUGCCUGUUAGCUUCUUCUAAUGAUUUCAGGCUUAUACAUUGAAUCGAGGUUGGUAAAACUGAGCCAUUAGCCAAAGGUUCAAAAAUGUGAAAUGGAGUGUUUGCUAUGGCACUGUAUUAGGCCUGUGCUCUUUACUUCAGAUGUAAAAAAAAUGGGUUAUGUAGUAAUAUUAAACUUAUAUCUAUUUUAUUGCUUCAUUGAAAUAAUUUAACACUCGUCAUUUAAGCAAAAAGAGUGGGUUUUGGGAUGUACAAUAAGCUAGUGGAAAUGCUAAAAGACAAACAACACUACAUUUUAAAAAACGUGAUCAAAACAGAGGCGUGGCAUGAAUGUAAUUAUGAAUCCCCACAUACAUAAGUAUAUUUACUUUUACUUAUUGAAUACUUAAGCUAAAUAUGGGGAGCAAAACCGCUUUCCUCGCCUACGAUUGAUGACUACAAUUCCCAGCAAGCUUUGCAUCGAAGGCUCUUUUCAUCCUUGGGAAACCCCGUACUCGCCGGGACCGUUUAUGUGUUUUACUGCAAAAUCCCUCCGCCACAUAAAGUAGUCCGCACAUCCAUGUCCAACAUUUUCGUUCCGCGCUUUAAAGUUUCUCCCAUGGUCGUGUUCAAACCCUGUUAAACAUUUACAAUAAAGUGUGACAAACCUUAUUUCUGUGGUCUGUGGAGUUUUUCUUUUACUUUGACG